UCAAAAAAACGCGACAUGCUCUGGCCCUGCCUCCUUCUGGAAAUCACGCACGGCCGCGCCCCACGACUUCCACCGCAAUCGCACGCAAAAAUCCCACUGCUUCCACCGCUUCCCCGUGCUCGCGGCGGUGCCGUGUCGCGCCGUGCCAUGGCGCCCGCCUCGCUCCCGCUCUCCGUCUCGUGCGCGCCCGGAUCCUCGUGCCCGCUGGCCGUCACCAGCCCCGGCUCCAGCGUCGCCGCCGCCUCGUCCUCCCAACUUCCCGCGUCGUCGCGGAGCAGCGAGCGCAGGAGAGUGCCAGGCCUCGCACUCCCCGCGGCACCGGGUGUCGGCGGUAGGAAGGGCGGCGGCAGGUGGAGAGCAGGCAUAUCGUCCUUCUCCUCCUUCCUGCCGCCGUUCUUCACAGGGAAUAAGGGGGAGAAGGACGCUGAGAAGGCGGCGAGGCUCAAGGAGGAGCUCCUCGACGCCAUCGCGCCGCUGGAGCGUGGCGCCGAGGCCACGCCCGAGGACAAGGAGCGCGUCGAGCAGAUUGUUCAGCAGCUGGAGGCGGUGAACCAGGUGAAGGAGCCGCUCAAGUCCGAUCUCCUCAACGGCAAAUGGGAGCUUCUCUAUACCACCUCCACAAGUAUACUGCAACCACAGAGACCAAAGUAUCUGAGGCCGUUUGGGAAAAUUUACCAAGCAAUCAACGCCGACACUUUGAGAGCCCAAAAUAUGGAAACGUAUCCUUACUUUAAUCAGGUUACUGCCAACUUGGUUCCUCUGAAUGCUAGAAGAGUGGCAGUUAAAUUUGAUUACUUCAAGAUAUUUAGUUUGAUACCGAUCAAAGCACCCGGAAGUGGUAAAGGUGAACUUGAAAUUACUUAUCUUGAUGAAGAGCUCAGGGUUUCGAGAGGCGACAAGGGAAACUUGUUCGUACUGAAGAUGGUCGACCCAACAUACAGGGUUCCAUUAUAAUAAUGUUCUGAUAACAUUUAGGUGUCAGCUAUCUGUAACAUCCUUCUUCCUCCACUGAGGACUGAGGCAAUGUAAGGCGUGUAAAUAUUAAUAUCCCAUUUGAAAGAUAGGAAGUUUAUGGAAGCUGUACAUUUUCUGAGGAACUGGUAAGGCUUCCGUGUCGAAAAUGAGGCCCAGGAUUUAAGCAUAGAUGAUAGAGAACAUAUCGUGUGAAGACUAACACACAUCGAUGUAUAGAAAAUGCAAUGAUAAUCCAUUUUGAUCCAACUUCUACA